UUGCCUCUGGUUGCUUCCUGGAAGGUACUGAACUGGAUAUAAAGAUAUUUCAUUUACAGCAGCAAGCAUCACAGCUCCGGAAUAGCCUACACCAUGUUCACCGUCAAGAGCGUAUCUGUCACUUUCAAUCCUAUUAACGAGACUAACACGUUCACCAACGGAGACUUUAUAUCGGGACAAGUAAUUCUCGAUGUUGCGAAAGAUACACAAAUGCAGUCUUUAAGUAUCAAAAUCAAAGGGAAGGCGGACGUCUUCUGGACCGAACAGUACCACAAAACCACAGUUGUUUACAAAGACAAAGAAAAGUUUUAUUCAAUGGAGAAUUUUUUUGUUCACGAGGACAAACAACAUGAGCACGAGUUGUUGAAAGAUCCUUCCGGACAGCCUUAUUGCUCCGUUGUGGGGCAAGGACUUCAUGUUUACCCAUUCAUGUUUCAGCUGCCCGAACAGAACUUUCCUCCAUCUUUCAAGGGUUCAGCAGGAAAAAUUGCAUACACUUUGGAGGCAAAACUGUCUAGGUCAUUGCGUGUUUCUAGCAAAGGCAAAGCUGAGUUCCAAUAUGUCCCCAAACCUGAGCUCCCUAAUCCUGAACUAAUGGAACCUCAGUAUGGAACCAAAGAUAAAAAAAUGAAGUUCUUUACAUCUGGGAGUGUUCCUAUGAACAUAAGCACUGACAAAAUUGGAUACUGUCUUGAUGAGGAGUUGAAAGUUUUGGUUGAAAUUCAGAACAGUUCAUCCCGUGCCAUCAAGCCGAAAUACUGGCUGUAUGAAAAGCACAGUUUUAUCGCAAAAGGCAAAAGAAAACUACACAAAAAUAACGUUAUUAAGGAGGAGGGGGAACCUAUUGAGCCAAAAACAAACAAAAAUAUCACUAAAGUGCUCACCAUCCCCCCUUGUCUUACCAUCUCAACCCUAAACUGUAAAGUUAUUAAGGUUGAGUACAGACUCAGAGUCUACUUGGAUGUGCCGUACGCCAAGGAUCCAGAGAUCGUAUUGCCAAUAGUGCUUCAUCUUCCUCAGACUACAUCAGAAGCAAAGGGUCCCUCUAAAAAUGACUUUGGAAUUUGGAACCAACAAGCAGGAGGCAGUGCAUACCCCAAUGCACCUCCAUCUGCCCCAAUCGGACCUCCUGGUCAGUUUGGUGCCCUUUGACCUCCUGAUCAGUUUCUUCCUCCUAGUUACCCUGGACCUCCAGCUCAACAAUGUCUUUCAAAUCCUCAACAUCCUGAUUCAUCAUCUCCACCUCCUUAUCAGGGCUAUCAGUUAUAUCCACAGCUGCCCGAUGACACUAAUUUAAAAAAAUGAUUUAAAAAAAAAAAUGAUUUUUCACUAACCUUUGUGCUUUAUUUAUUUUUUGCUCACACUAUAGUCUGAGCCAUUUGUGUGAGCCAUCUGUGAAGAUUUGUAAAAUUUAUACAUUUUUGGGCUGUUGUUUUUAAAAGUUAGAUUUUAAUUAGCAAAAAAAGUUUUUUGUCUUUAUUGUA